AUGAUAGAAUCAUCAACUGUAAUAACAGAAACAACAAACAUCAUAGAAUCAUCAACUAUGACAAAAGAAAUAACAACGCACAAACAAUUCACAACAACAACGCACAAUCCAACAACAGAAGUACAAAACAAGCCAAAAUGUGACAAAUGGAACCAACAUGGAAUUACUGUUGCUGGAGGAAAUGGACAAGGAGAUCAAUUAAAUCAAUUCUCUCUUCCUUGUGCGAUUUAUAUCGAUGAUAACAAAAGCAUUUUGAUUGCUGAUACUGGCAAUCAUCGUAUUGUUGAAUGGAAAUAUAAUGCAAAGGAAGGACAAACCAUUGCAGGUGGAAAUGGACAAGGAAAUACACUGGAUCAAUUCAAGCAGCCAAUCGACGUAACUGUUGACAAAGAGAAGAAUGCAAUAAUCGUAUGUGAUAUGGGGAACACACGGGUAAUGCGAUGGCUUCGUCAAAGUCAAACAAAUCCACAAACUCUCAUUUCUGAUAUUUCAUGUGGCGGUGUCGCAAUAGACAAGAAUGGGUAUAUUUAUGUUUCUGAUGCCUCAAAGUCUGUAGUAAGACGAUGGAAAGAAGGAGACACAGAUGGAACACUAGUUGCAGGUGGAAAUGGCAGAGGAAAGCUUCAGAAUCAAUUCAAUAAUCCUGGGAAAAUCUUCGUCGAUGAAGAAUAUUCUGUUUAUGUAGUGGAUAUUAACAAUCAUCGUAUAAUGAAAUGGAAAAAAGAUGCAGAAGAAGGAAUUAUGGUUGCUGGCGGAAAUGAAGGAGGUAAUGGUCUCAACCAAUUAUAUCAACCUUUUGCAGUGAUUGUUGAUAAUUUGGGUCUAAUCUAUAUUGCAGUUCCUUUUAGUCAUCGGAUUAUGCAAUGGCGUGAAGGAGACGCACAAGGUUCAAUUGUUGCUGGUGGAAAUGGUGAAGGACAUGAACCAAAUCAAUUACUUUUACCCAAAGGUGUGUCAUUUGAUAAUGAAGGAGAUCUUUUCGUUGUUGAUUCUCAGAAUCAUCGAAUUCAAAAAUAUGAACCAUGUACUGAGUAA